AUUUUCACAUAUCAAACUGUCACUUGGUUGUUCCACACAUCUUUCACUUUACAUUACAAUACAAUUAGUAACUAGAGAUUUCUCAUGACUUUGUUUAAUUUGUAUGUUGUAGGAUUGCAAUCGGUGCCCAUGUUGGACUAAAGUCAUUAUGUAAAAUAUAUCAAGUUUUUUGGAUUCAUUAGUGUGUGUUGGGAGAAAAUAAAAAUAAAACAUGUCUGGUUGAAUUUUGUAAUAACUUUUUAUCUGGUCCUGUACCCUCCAUCUUGUUUCACCUGCUUGAUGGGAAUAUUUUCGAUGAGGGUCAAAUUCUAAAUACGGCAUUUUUCAUUUGCAACUCCCCCUUUGUUCCAUUAUUUCUAUUUCAACAAGUUGCUUGAUGUGUUCUCUCCGUUUACCACGUCCUAAAAUAUUCACAGUUAUCUGUUGCCGCUGUGAAGAUCGAGACUUUACCGCAGCUGUCCUCUCCAGACCUUCCUGUUUAUGUCGUUUGAGAGACAUUUGAUCAGUUUAAUAUGUAGGCUGGUCAGGAGAAAGACGUAUUGUGUUGAUCUAAUCCCAGAUUUGGCAUAGUCCAUAAGCUUUCAGAUCUGAAGCAAAGAGCAUUUCACACUUUAUCUCCAAACAGGAUUACACAAUGUCAUGCUAUAAUCCAGCAGCAUGGCUCCCCUUAUUUCCUGAGCCAAUUCAAGAACUCCCAAGUCAUCCGUCUGGCAUAGCUAAUGCAGAGCUUUUAACCUUUGUGUGGUGCUGUAUUAAAUGAAAUGGAUAGCUGUAGAGUUCACAAACACACACACAUCAACUAUAGGUUCAUCCCAUCAUCAUUACUGCAUUUGAAAAAGUUGGAUAUCAGGGUUGAGAAAAUAGUGACAUUUCAGCUUUUCCUUGAUCAGCCAUCCGUCCUUUCCAUUCGUCUCUGCUGUGAAUACACAGCACAGUUUUUAAUGAAUGUGAACAGUGAGGACUCCCAGGUGGCCGCUGGCGCUGCGGGGUGAUAAUGAAAAGGGCGGAUGCUUCGGCGUAACUUGUCCAGGCUCAGGGUUCACUCAUUAAUCUCAGUCGCUCAGCGGAGAAUCACACAGCUCAUUGUGUAUUUGGUGUGCGUGUGAAGAUACAGAACUAAACAUGUCGACUCUCUGAACUCAGAGAUGAGAGCUAAACCUGCGCCUGCACGGGACUUUGGGAACAACACCAUUUGGGAGGAAUACGUGGACAUCAGCUUUGUGGUGGCCAACAGCUUGGUGCUGUUGAUGACCUCUGUGGUUGGAGUCGCUGCCAACAUUUUUGUGAUACUGGCGGUCUAUCACCAAAAGUCCCUGCAAACUUCGAACAAUGCGCUGGUGGUGAAUCUUGCGAUCAUAGACAGCCUGCGGUGUGUAAUGGACUGCCCCUUUCUCUUGACCAUCGUUGUGGCUGUGCAUCGGUACGGACACGUGGACGAGACGCUCUGCGAUGCUCAAGUGGCCUCUUUCUCUUUCUGCUGCUGUAUCCAGCUGUUAACACUGGCAUGCAUCAGUGCAGAAAGGUACCAGGCCAUUGCACAGCCCUUCAAAAUACGCCAGCGAGGAAAACGGAUCAGAGUGCUGAUUCCUCUCACGUGGGCCGUGGCGAUUGUGGUGGCUGUUUACUGUCUCAUAUUUGUCAAGGACUCACCGGUGCACGCAAGGUGCAAAGGAUUACAGAGAGACAUGUUAGCCUCCUAUGACAGCUUUGGACUUUACAUGCUGUUCCCACUGUGGGCCGCCUGCUUCGCUCUUAUCAUUGGAUUCUAUGCUGGCAUAUUUGCCAUUGUGAGGUCGCACAAUCGCAAAGUAUUCGACAAAGGUACUUUUCCACUCCCUAAGAAAGAAAAAACAGAGGAUAAACAAAAGACGGAAGAAACCACGAUUGUGGAAAAUGGAAAGUCUGAGCAAAAGCAGACCUCUUCACCUGCUGCCCCGGUUGAGCCGGUGACUAAAGCUGAAGUGUGUUCAUCAAAGAUGGAUUAUUCAACUGCUCCACUGACCCCAAUAAAACCUGCACAAAGUGUGUCUGGUUCAGAGAAAGAAUUGAAGAACACUGUGGAGAUAACAGACUUGGAAACAGAACAACCGUGCCCUCCUGCAAAGCAGGUUGGAGUGCGACUGCAGACUGAAGAGAAACCAUUUAAAACAGAGCAGUCCAACCCCUGUGCCACGAGAGUGGAGGCAAAACCAUCAAAUAGAGGUGCCGCUGUUAGUGUUAAGAGCUCAACUGCAGAGCCCCAGAAGGUGUCAGGCAAAUUUAACACGGAAAACCAAACCGAAGAGAAAGUGAAAACUGACAAGGCACCCACUGAAAUGACAGGAACCAGCCCCCGUGUUCCUUGCUCAGAAGAUCCUGAAUCUAUUGCUGUUUUACAGAUUAAACCGAAACAGGGCGAGGACAGAAGUGGAGGACAAACCCCGGCUGUCACAGUAGAUCAAGUGUCUUCAUUACCUCCAGUCGCAGGUAACGCUCCAGAAACAGAGGCUCCCAACAUUGAGAUAGAAGGUGCUGUUUGCAUGAUGCCUUCAAAAGAGGGUAAAGAGAGAGCGAACAAAAGGAAGGAAAGCAAAAUGGCGAAGCGUGCUGGUUACAUAAUUGUAACCUUUCUCUUGUUCUGGCUGCCGCUGAUCACAACUAUCCUGGUGAAUUUAGUCGUUCCCAAAAACAAGAAUACACCGAUAAACAUCAUGCAGGAUGUGGAGAUCCUGUCAGUGUCUGUUUCCUGUGUAACGUCACUGACCGACCCCAUAAUAUACGCUGCAGUGAACCCGCAGUUUCGCACAGAAUUUGACAGAAUAAGAAAUAAGGUUAAAGCCACGCUCACCGCUCAGUGA